GGGAAAGGGAUCAUACAAGCUCUGGGUGUCAACACCAUCCAAACCCAUUGCAGACAUGUGCUGCAUUCUCCAGCCUAGCAGGCACAAAGAUGUACAAGAAUAUUCCUAACAAUGCGUAUUUCUGUGUGUUUUUCAGGAGCAGGAAUUUCCAAAACUUCUAAGCUUCGGCUGGUGGGCGGUAGGGAUAACUGUACCGGGAGAGUCGAGGUGUUUUAUAACCAUGAGUGGGGAACGGUCUGUGAUGAUAACUGGGAUAUGAAUGAUGCCAUGGUGGUGUGUCGGCAGCUGGGCUGUGGGAUGGCAGUUUCAGCCCCAGGUUCGGCUCAUUUUGGAUGGGGAUCCUACCGUAUCUGGCUGGAUGAUGUGAACUGCAAUGGAACAGAAACUGACCUCUCUGAAUGCAAAACAAAAUCUUGGGGCGUCCACAAUUGCCACCAUGGAGAAGACGCCGGUGUGGUGUGCCUAGAAAAAACGAGCUCAACUGAUCUGCGACUAGUGAGUGGCCCAAAUCGCUGUGCCGGGAGAGUGGAAGUCCUUCACAAGGAGCAGUGGGGAACGGUGUGUGAUGACACAUGGGACUUGCAUGAUGCCACGGUGGUGUGCCAGCAGCUGGGCUGUGGGAGGGCCCAGUCAGCCCCCACCGGGGCUCACUUUGGCCAAGGCUCAGGGCCCAUCUGGCUGGAUGACGUGAGCUGCAUCGGGACAGAAGAUGCCCUUUCCCAGUGCAGAUCCCGCCCGUGGGGUCAAAAUAACUGCAACCAUGGAGAAGAUGCCAGUGUGGUGUGCUCAGGAAUUUCCAAAACUUCUAAGCUUCGGCUGGUGGGCGGUAGGGAUAACUGUACCGGGAGAGUCGAGGUGUUUUAUAACCAUGAGUGGGGAACGGUCUGUGAUGAUAACUGGGAUAUGAAUGAUGCCAUGGUGGUGUGUCGGCAGCUGGGCUGUGGGAUGGCAGUUUCAGCCCCAGGUUCGGCUCAUUUUGGAUGGGGAUCCUACCGUAUCUGGCUGGAUGAUGUGAACUGCAAUGGAACAGAAACUGACCUCUCUGAAUGCAAAACAAAAUCUUGGGGCGUCCACAAUUGCCACCAUGGAGAAGACGCCGGUGUGGUGUGCCUAGAAAAAACGAGCUCAACUGAUCUGCGACUAGUGAGUGGCCCAAAUCGCUGUGCCGGGAGAGUGGAAGUCCUUCACAAGGAGCAGUGGGGAACGGUGUGUGAUGACACAUGGGACUUGCAUGAUGCCACGGUGGUGUGCCAGCAGCUGGGCUGCGGGAGGGCCCAGUCAGCCCCCACCGGGGCUCACUUUGGCCAAGGCUCAGGGCCCAUCUGGUUGGAUGACGUGAGCUGCGUCGGGACAGAAGAUGCCCUUUCCCAGUGCAGGUCCCGCCCAUGGGGUCAAAAUAACUGCAACCAUGGAGAAGAUGCCAGUGUGGUGUGCUCAGGUAACCCACAUGCAGGAGACCUGCGGCUGGUGAAUGGCCCACAUCGCUGCUCCGGGAGAGUGGAGGUGCUUCAUGACCACACGUGGGGCACCGUGUGCGAUGACAGCUGGGAUCUCAACGAUGCCACCGUGGUGUGCCGGCAGCUUGGCUGUGGAGCAGUGAUCUCAGCGCCCGGCCAGGCUUACUUCGGCCGAGGACAAGACCCUAUUUGGCUGGAUAGAGUGGCCUGCAUAGGGACAGAAAGUUCCCUCUCGGAAUGCUGGGCAAAGCCAUGGGGCCUGCAUAGUUGCUCUCAUUCAGAAGAUGCCAGCGUGGUGUGCUCAGACAUGACAAAUAUGACCACCGUCCGGCUGAUGAAUGGCCCGCAUCACUGUGCUGGGCGAGUAGAGGUGUUUCACAACCAGCAGUGGGGAACCGUGUGUGACGACGGCUGGGACUUGAAUGAUGCCACCGUGGUUUGCAGGCAGUUGGGCUGCGGGACGGCACUGUCAGCCUCAAAACAGGCUCUCUUUGGACAAGGGUCUGACCCCAUCUGGCUGGACAGAGUCAGUUGCACCGGGACGGAGAAUGCCCUCACGGAGUGCAAAGCCACACGCUGGGGCAUCAGGAGCUGCAAUCAUCAAGAAGAUGCUGGUGUUGUGUGCUCAGGUGAUGCUCACCCAAACGCUGCGGUGCAGGCGCAGGUCCGUCUGGUGAACGGCCCGAACCGCUGUGCCGGGAGAGUGGAGGUGCUUCACAACGGGCAGUGGGGAACGGUGUGCGACGACGGCUGGAAACUCAAUAGCGCCAUGGUGGUGUGCAGGCAGCUGGGCUGCGGGAGGGCUGACUCGGCCUUCACCGGCGCUCACUUUGGCCAAGGCUCAGGGCCCAUCUGGUUGGAUGACGUGACCUGCGUCGGGACGGAAGAUGCCCUUUCCCAGUGCAGAUCCCGCCCGUGGGGUCAAAAUAACUGCAACCAUGGAGAAGACGCCGGUGUGGUGUGCUCAGGUAACCCAGAACCAAUUCCAAUCCGCCUGGUGAAGGGCCCGCACCGCUGCGCUGGGCGAGUGGAGGUGCUUCACGACGACCAGUGGGGGACCGUGUGUGACGACAGCUGGGAUUUAAGGAACGCCAAGGUGGUGUGCCGGCAGCUGGGCUGCGGGACGGCUGUAUCGACACCCGCUGAGGCUCACUUUGGAAGAGGGUCUGACCCCAUCUGGCUGGAUGGGGUGGAGUGCACGGGCACCGAGGCCACUCUCUCCGAGUGCCACCUCAACACCUGGGGUGUCCACGACUGCAGCCAUGAGGAAGACGCCGGAGUUGUGUGCUUAGGUAAUGGUGGGAAUGCUGACCUGCGCGUGCAGGACGGCCCCGGCCGCUGCGCGGGGCGCGUGGAGGUGCUGCACAACGCGACGUGGCUCGGCGUGUGCGACAGCGGCUGGACCCUGCUGGAAGCAGACGUGGCCUGCAAGCAGCUGGGCUGCGGCCCCGCUCGCUCCGCGCCCGGCGGGGCUCAUUUUGGCCAGCCGCAAGGCCUGGCGCUGCUGGAAGGGCUGAGGUGCACGGGCACCGAGUCGCUGCUCUUGGAGUGCCAGCAGAGCAAGGCGGGCCCGGCGCCCUGCAGACACGGCGCCGCGGCCGGCGUGGUGUGCGCCGACCCCAAAGACUCUCCCAAGUCCUGCUCCGUGCUCAUUGCGCUGCUCGUCCUCACCAUGAUGCUCUCCGGGGUGCUGCUGUGGCUGGUGCUGAGGAGACGAUGCGUUAGAAGAGCAGCCCAAGACUCAGAUUACGGACGGAUGACAGAGCUGAGCAGCUCGGCACGGCCCUUCCAUUCCAUGGGAGCCAUCUACCUCUCCGCGAAGGCCGAGGACCCCAGCAGCGAGACGGCCCAGCUCGUCAAGGAAGACGCUGCCCUUUGA